AUGCUCAAAAAUGGAUUGUCACCAUUGGAGAAAUCCUUCAUUGUCUCCGCGCCGGCGAAAGUCAUUGUCUUUGGUGAGCACGGAGCAGUAUAUGGCAAGCCUGCCAUUGCUGCGGCCAUCUCUCUUCGAUCGUAUCUCCACGUCCAGACCCUGCCUGCCUCUGAGCACAUCGUCGCGCUAGACUUUAGGGAGAUUGACUUGUAUUACACUUGGUCAAUAGACACCCUACCUUGGCCGCCUUCCGAUAGCCGGCUCCGCAAGUGUCACGGCUCCUCCCUCGAUGGGACCCUGCUCGCGGCUAUUGAGCCUCUUGUCGAGGCCGUCUCGCCAGAUCUCCCGCAGAAAGAACGAAAGAUACACCAAGGAUCUGCCAGAGUCUUUCUCUACCUCUUCCUCUCACUUGGCUCCCCUGAAAGCCCCGGCGCCGUGUACACACUUCGGUCCGCAAUUCCUGUUGGUGCUGGCUUGGGCAGCAGUGCAAGUGUGUCCAUCUGCAUAAGCACUGCGCUGCUCAUCCAGGCCAAUGCACUUGAAGGGCCAAGUGGCAACCGGGAAGAUCAAUUACAGCGAAUCAACAAUUGGGCUUACGCCGGAGAACUUUGCAUCCACGGAGACCCGAGCGGAGUCGAUAACACCAUCUCCUGCCUGGGCCAAGCCGUGCUUUUCUGCAAAACCACCGAUGGCCUGUUAUCUGUUAAGCCGCUUCACUGUUUCCCCGAACUGCGCAUUCUUCUCAUAGACACGAAACGAACACGUACAACCGCUGACCAGGUUCGGAAGGUGCGACAACUGAAGGAAGCAAACCCCGCAAAUAUUGAACCCAUCUUAGACGCCAUCGGUCUGCUUGUCGAAGAGGCUCUGCAUUUUCUCUCUUCCACCGCCACGUCCUUCAACGACAGCGAGGAAAGGCAAGCCGCUAUUGAGAAUUUGGGGAGACUGUUUGGUGAGAAUCAAAAAUUGCUGAAUAGCCUUGAGGUAUCCCACCCGUGCCUGGAUCGUGUGGUCCAGUUGGCAGACAUUACAAAAGUCGGCUGGGCGAAGCUCACUGGCGCUGGAGGAGGCGGAUGUACCAUUGUUUUACUCCACCCAGAUGUUAGUGAGAAUGCCUUGAGGAGAUUUGACCAGGAGAUCGCAAAUGAGGGGUUCGAAAAGCAUCAGGUUGUCUUGGGGGCCGCCGGUGUCGCCGUUCGUGGGUGCUCACUGGUUGGAGAUGAGGUAGAGGGAGGUAUUGACCGUGGAGAGUUUGCAAAUGAAGAUAUUUGCACUAUCGAGCAACUGGUUGGUCUGGCUGGGAAUCAACUUGAAAUGGGGGAAGGAUGGAUUUCCUGGAGAUAG